AUGACUGUCAACGAGUACAAAGAGACCAAUUGUGCUACUGCAGGACCUGUAGAAGAGAUGGAAGUUGAGGAGAACCUAGUGCAAAAUCCGCAAGACGGUGAAAAUGAAAAUCUUCUUGGCAGAGUUUUAGCAGUCCAGACCUCUCUGGCUACGAUCCGGUAUUCACCUUGCUCCGGCUCGGGGGGGUCAAAGCCACAGGUGGCCUAUGUGUUUGCGCGCGCUCGAGCGCCCACGCUUGUUUCGGUGGUAACAACCCUGGCAGUGCCACCCUUGACGCGGCAGUUCGUCGCUGUUCUCCGUAAUUCACUAAGAUUAUUACUUCACGAACAAUGCAUUGAGGAAAUAUGUGCACGCUUUAUUACAACCGGGUGCAACCAUUCGAGCAACGUGCAAUCUCGUGGCUGGAAGGCGAAGAUCGCGGAUAACGCGGCCAAUCAGAUCGAGUUGCGUAAUGAGCGCGUGGCACUCAUACCUCAUACGGGCGGCCAGGGUUGCCACAUGCGGUAA